AAGACAAAAGCACAGAAGAUACGAAUUUAAAGCACCUUUAAAGUUAAUGUUUACGUUAAAGUGCCACCCACUUAAAAUUUAAUGUUGCGCUGUGGGUUUUGCCUGCACUUCAUUCGGCCACACACUUCUGUACAUUUUUGGCGCUAACGAGGCGGCAAUCUACUACGCAUAUUCUCAUACAUGUGUACUUAUUGUGCUGUUUAAUAUGGAUCAAACCGAACAAUUAGGCGUCGUAAAGAAGAUGGUGCACUCUGUGCUGGUUUCGUCGCCUCAGGUAAUGUCGCUCCUGCAACUGAAUCGCGACUACAGGGAGAUGGUGGGCGCAGAUGUGCCGUACCACCAGCUCGGCUACAAAGACUUGGAGCAUUUUCUUCGCUCCCUUCCGGACAUUGUACAGGUGACCGGCACCGGACAUACGGCUAUUGUGCGGCCAGUGGCAACUGCAGAGUCGGAACACAUCCAGAAAUUCGUCAAGUGCCAGAAAAAGACGACCAGACGUCCCAGAAUUCUAAGUGAACGUAAACCUCUAUAUGACACGACGCCAUCAGAUUUGGUCUUUAUCAACGAGUCUGUAAGGAACGCCUCGCCUGGACACAUGUACUACCCGGUUAAUCAGUUUCAGCCACCAAUGAGACAACCAGUAAUGUUCCCUAACUAUCAGUACUUGAAUCCCCUUAUGCAGCAGCCUCCUGUUUACUUUCACAUGAACAACUUCCAGCAAAAUCGUCCAAUCAACCCGUUCAAACCUCAGAUGAGAGUCAAUCCGAUCGUUUAUCCAGCUGCACAUCAGCAGGGAAUGUAUAAUAUGCACACACAAGUGCAACCCAUUCGUAUCCCAUAUCAAGUUAAGAAGCCUCCUCCGGCACGCCCUUCGACUCAUAUGCCCUUGCGCAGUUCGACUCCAAUCGAAAUUGAACAGCCAAAGCCAACUCAAGCUUUAGAUUCCAUGGUGAAGUCAUUCAAUGAUCUAUCCAUUGUUGAUGAUGCUCCCACUGGCGAGACGAAGGCACAGGAGAAGAAUGUAUCUGAUGCGAAGCAAGUGCCCAUUGAACCCUUCAGCUGCAACGACGAUAAACUCGGCUCUAAUGUCUCUGCACCAGUGUCUGAUGUGAAACUAACCAAUGUGACGGCUCCUGAAGAAGAACCAGUCGUAGAACUGGGGAAAGCAGAAAGUCUUCCGCUUGAACUCGACGACAAACAAGAGGAUAAAUCCUUCGAUUACGAUUCCUCGAGCGAUGAUUGCAGCGAGAGUGAUGCCUUUCCAGCAUAUGCUGUGGAUCAACGAGUUCUUGGUGUCGACUAUCCGCGUGACACCGUUCGCUCCGAUUACCAGCUGCAGCGUCGCGACUUGGAAAAAGAUCUCAAAGUAGACGAGCGCUACUUCUUGCAGCUUGUGGAGGUGACCAAUCCGCAUAGCUUCCACUUCUGGAUAUACGACGACUACGACGCAUAUCAUACAUUUUCAGACAACAUACAGGAAGUCUACAAAAACUUGGAUUCUACAACGUUCACAAUGCCCCAGUGCUUGCUGACGCCCGGCCACCUGUGUGUCGUCUGCCCCAGCAAUUCAUCGGUGUGGGAGCGUGCCAAGAUCGUCAGCCAACGUACGGACAACGUGCGCAAGACCAUCGAGGUGGAGCUCAUCGAUACGGGCGUAAUAGAUACCGUUUACACCAAGGACGUCAAGUUUCUAAUGAACCAAUUCGCCAACAUGCCUCCGCAAGCAAUACAAGGCCGACUGGCUUAUGUGUCACCGUUCAAGAGUCCGCGCUGGUCCGCGAAGGCUGUUGCCACGUUCAAACAACAAGUGAGCUACCGCAGACUCUUCGCAAAAGUGGAGGCAAUCAAGGACAACAUUGCGCAUGUGGUGCUCGUCGACGGGGAUAAUGUUAAUAUAAAUCUUUCGCUGAUAGACUCGGGCCUGGUGCGUCGCUGCUUGCAAACCUAGCAGCCCAUUUACCAUUUUGACCACUAAUCAUAUAUAAUAUUCAUUCAUAUUCAAUUCACAGUCGCCUAGUCGCGUUUUUUGUUUUUUACGUUAUUUUUUUUUGUUGACAUGGAAUGUCCCAGUUGUUUUCUUAAUUUUUAUCUGGUAGUGAAACGAAUCGUUUUAUUUUAUUUUAAGGCAAACGCUGUCCUGCUUUUCUUUUUAUUAUUUACGUGUAAUAAAAUACUAAGUUACAUAAAUCCUCCGACAA